GGUCGUCUUCUUCGUUGGUAGUGAAAGAGAUCGAGAAAUUUGGUAAACAGCACCGAGGCCUAGAGGAAUUACCAAAAUAAUACAGGCCUGGUUUCUGUUGUUGGCAGAAAUACCUGUAUAGGUUUCAGUGAAUCAGAGUGAGUCGUUUCUAUAUGGGAGCCGCUCAGCUGGAACCUACUCCUGGCUUAUGCUUGAGACCCCAAGACGCUGGGAUUUCAGGCACUACAAACCCAAGAACCCAAGAUACAAAGCCGAGCUAGAUCCUGACCAAAUACAGACACAGUGUGUCCACAGGAGUCCUGACUACCAAAAGAGCGAAGAGUCUGUUGACACUGCAAGACAGACCUUUGAAGAGCAGACUUCACUACUCAAAGGCAAAAACAAUUCAUGAUUUCUUUACCUGUGUAAGUGACUGUUUGCCAGGUCACGUCAGCCCCCCCUCAUAUACAUGAGAUGAGUGCAAUUUUCUCCUUGAGCUGGGCCGAGCGCCAUGCCUGACCGGGACAGUUCCUACCUGUCAGGUGGUGGUGGCAGCAGUGGUAGUCUGGGUGAGGAAGGAGGACCUGGGUCUGGUUUGGUGGGGGGCUCAGCAGAGGGCAGAGGGGGUUCAGGAGGAAGUGUUGGAGGAAACAUCUCUGGCUCUGGGAGCAUGGGGGGAGGAGGGGCACUUGGAAACGGCAACAGUUGUGGGAACGGUGGAGGUGGGGGACAGGGUUCAGGACUGGCGUUGGACGGUGUCUGCAGGGACUUCAUACGCAAUGUCUGCAAGAGAGGGAAACGCUGCCGCUUUAGACACCCAGACUUUAAUGAGGUGCCGGAUUUAGGAGUGCAAAAGAAUGAGUUCAUCUUUUGUCAUGAUCAUCAGAAUAAGGAGUGUAUGCGCUCCAACUGCCGCUUUGUCCAUGGAUCUAAAGAGGACGAGGACCACUACAAGAAAACAGGCGAGUUACCCCUCAGAUUGAGAGGGAAGGUUGCAGCUCGACUUGGCCUGUCCCCCAUGGAUCUCCCCCAUAGCCGUGGGGAGGUCCCUAUCUGCAGAGACUUCCUGACGGGAGAGUGCCAGAGGGGCAACAAAUGUAAAUUUCGCCAUGUCAAAAAAGACUACGAAUAUGAGCCUUCCAGGGUUGGAGUGGGUGGUGUUAUAGGGCCAGGUGCCAGUGGAAUGGUGAAUCCUGGGGGAGGGAUGGGUGUUGGCGGAGGAGGUACCUGUGGAGGAAUACAGGGACUUGUGGGAAGUGGAGGUGGGAGUAAUAUAAUGGGGAUAGGCUGUCCCAGCUUGGGUGGUUGCAGAGAUCCAGGUAUCUCAGGAAUAGGGGGAGUAGGUGGAGGUGGAAUGAGUGGUUGCCUGUCGAUAAGUUCUUCAGGACAGCGACGUUAUGACAGGAGCGCGUGCUCAGUGUAUGAUCCUCUACUUGAGAAUGGGCUGUUUGAUGCUGGUUCCCUGGAAGCCUCGAUGGACCACACUGCUCUACAGUUGAAGAGGCGGCGGCUGGAGGGACUGCGUCUGGCAGAUGGGAGCGGAGGUGGACACUAUGAGCUAGGAAUUCAAGCCACCUUGCCGUCACGUCCUCUGGAGUACAGGUUCCUGGAGGAAGAAAACUCUCUGCUGAGGAAGAGAGUGGAAGAGUUGAAGAAGCAGGUUUCAAAUCUCAUUGCCACAAAUGAGGUUCUUCUGGAGCAGAACGCCCAGUUCCGAAGCCAGGCCAAGGUGAUGACGCUGUCUUCCACUCCUGCACCCACUGAGCAGAGUCUGGCGCCCCCUGUGGGUGCAGUAAGUUCCUACAAUCAUAGCAUCGCCCAGACUCACACCACCCUGAGCAGCGCUGGACUGCAGCCUCGGCCUGUUACACAGCAAGACCUGGUAGCUCCCACCGGUGCCCCUGCAGCGCCCCCAACUAAUGCGGCCCCACCUACUGCUCCUCCACCCCACCUAAACCCUGAGAUCACCCCCCUCUCUGCUGCCCUUGCACAGACCAUUGCCCAAGGAAUGGCACCUCCAGUUUCUAUGGCACCGGUGGCUGUAUCUGUGGCACCAGUGGCAGUGUCUAUGACGCAGCCUCUGCCUGGUAUUACCAUGAGUCAUGCCACCACCCCGAUGGUGUCGUACCCCAUUGCCAGUCAAAGCAUGAGGAUCACAACUCUGCCUCACUAACUGAUUCAUGGUCAAAACUGUAGUACCCACAAGUCAGACUGUAGCAUCCUCAGUGGGGAUUUUGAGCAUAGAUGGUCUCCUUUUUAUUUGUAUGAGACUCGACUGAUGACAUAACACAAGAGUUGAGGUAUAGACACUUGUGCUUCUCCACCAGAGGGCAGAAUAAAGACUUCUCUGUACAGCCUCUCUCACUCUGUGUUCUGUGGCAACAUUACAAAGACAUUUUUCCAUACAGGCUGAGUGACCUGUAAACUCUGGCAAAGGUCUGUGUACCAAAGGUAUCUCCUCAAACAUGGACACCAAAAAUGGCAACAAACUCAAAAUAUGUGAGUUCAUCCAUAGUGUUUGAACCACUUCUGCAAGACUGCUGUGCCAUCCUUGUUGGGAUAUGAAGACUUUGGAAACAGUUUGUGUUUAUAUUUUUGUGGUUUGCUCUGUGCAAAUUAACUUUGGUACUACACAUUUAA